AUGCUUGCCGCGGCACUCUCGCUGCUGAGCUGCUUCCAGCCCUCCUUGGUUGCAGCUGGCCCGGUCGCUCGUCGCUCUGAUCUUGUCGUGAAGGACUUCCAUCGUGCUCCCAAAGCCUGGACAAACCUGGGGCCUGCUCCAACUGAACAUCUGAUCCAUCUGACAAUCGGCUUGUCACAAAACCGCUUCGAUGAGCUUGAGCGCCAUCUUUACGAAGUUUCCGACCCCUCUCACACACGCUAUGGUCAGCACCUGUCGGCCGAUGAAGUCAAUGAGCUUGUCAAGCCCUCGGACGAUGCCUCCGCAGCUGUUCACGAGUGGCUGGAGGAGUAUGGCAUCGGCAUCGAGCAACUUACGUACAGUCCAGCGAAGGACUGGAUCUCUAUUCCGCUGCCCGUCUCGACCGUUGAAGACAUGCUCAACACUGAGUACUCGGUGUGGGAGCAUCACGACGGCUCGACCAUUGUCCGUACUGAGGGAUAUAGCCUCCCACAUUACGUUCACAGGCAUAUUACCACGAUUCAGCCAACGAACUCGUGGGCACGUCUCGAGAGUCACAAGAAAAGAACCGAAAUCAUGAAACGCUCCGCAAUCAAUAAGCGCACCACUCAUGCCCUUGAAGCAGCCGAUACGUGGGAGCCACCCUCUUCCAUUCCAUUGCCAGAAAACUCCACCGUCUACGCCGCCUGCAACUUUACCCAUGUCACACCAGACUGUGUAAGGACUCUCUAUGGUACGAUCGACUACGAGGUCAAGGCGGCAGGGUUGAACAAGAUGGCCCACACAAACUACUUGGAGGAAGCCACGAAUCGAUCCGACAUCGGCCAAUUCUUGACACUGUACAGGCCCGAGGCUGCUUCGUAUGCCUAUGAGUUCGAAGCUAUCUCCAUCGCUGGUGGUCUUCUCGACAACGGUACCAACGUCGCAGCCACAGGACAAGACAGAGAAGCCAAUCUGGAUGCGGAGUAUAUGAUCGGAAUUGGCUACCCUACGCCCUUGAUCGCCUAUCACACUGGCGGCAGAAACCCGACCUUCGUUCCCGACAUCAACACAGAGGAGAACAGCGACGAGCCCUUCUUGGUGUGGGCACAGUAUAUGGCGGGUCUGCCGGACGACGAGAUCCCGCAAGUUGUGUCUACCUCGUAUGGCGAUGAUGAGCAGACGGUCAGUCGAAGCUAUGCGCAGGCGGUCUGCAAUCAAUUCGCUCAGCUCGGUGCUCGCGGCGUGUCACUGUUCUUCUCUAGCGGGGAUUUCGGCGUGGGCGCUGACGAGACGUGCUUCAGCAACGUGGACAACACUACAGCUAUGUUUAUGCCAUCCUUCCCGGCUGACUGCCCCUAUGUGACAUCCGUCGGGGCAACCACCGGCUAUCCUGAGUCAGCGGCGUGGAGGAAGUUGAGCAGUGGUCUCUACUUCAACAGUGGCGCUGGCUUUUCGAACUAUUUUGACAUGCCUGCCUACCAAGCCGAAACUGUCAACGCAUACGUCGACGGCCUCGAUGGACUCUAUGAUGGUCUGUACAACAAGUCAGGCCGUGCCUAUCCUGAUAUAGCUGCGAUCGGCCAGCUCUUCCCUGUGAUCUGGAACGGCACCACCGUGAACCUGGUCGGCACGUCUGGCUCAUCGCCUAUCGCCGCAGCCGUCUUCGCACUCCUGAAUGACGCAUUGAUCUCCGAGGGCCGUCCUCCAGUUGGUUUCCUUAACCCAUGGUUGUACAAGUCGGGUCACCUCCUGUUCACAGAUGUCAACAACGGAUCUUCGGCAGGCUGCAACACCAGCGGCUUCCCUGCAACGGAUGGCUGGGAUGCGGUUACCGGCUGGGGUACACCGUACCUCCCUAAGCUUCUUGAGGCUUUUGGCUUGGAGAAGUAA